UUUAUUGUCAAUCUCCCGCUAGGUGACGGUGUUCCCUCGAUCUUCAAGCCUUAAGGUUAAUGAGAUUAGCACAUCCCUCCUCAAACAAGACAAGGCUUUCACAUUUCCUCUACUUCAGACGUGACAAGCGCUUGACGGACUGCAUGGCAGCGCAGAUGAGCUUGGAGUGCAUCCACAAUUAAUUGCUCUCGCACGGACUGGAGAAUUUAAGCAGCGUCCAGUAAGUAAACUCACGCUUUUCAAACGCGUUUUUGUGCAACUUAUUUUGGAAACUCCGUUGUGUAGCGCAGCGCGUUUGUGAUAUUUAUCAUUCUACUGACGAACUCAUGAAAGCAACGCUGACCGUCGAGCUUUUGUCGUUUGCCUCGGACUGUUAUAACAAAGUGUUAAGAAUGUCAGCUGUUUUCGCUCUAACUGGCUUGGUUCUGAUGCUCUUCACAACAAGUGUCAGGUCAGAGUCUGCAGAGCUGAGGUUCCAGGGCCAGACUCAGUUUGGUGUAAAUGAGAGCAGCAGAGCUAUAGUGCGACUUGUGGUUGAACGAGUUGGAGAUCCAGUUAAUGUUACGGCUUUGGUUCUGUUGCAAGGGGAAGACACUGGUGACUUUGAGGCUACAACUGCUGCUGCUUUUCUCCUGUCCUCUGAAAGUAGUAAAACCAUCUUCAUCGCUGUUAAGGAUGAUGACUUACCUGAGGCUGAUGAGACUUUUGUCUUCAGCCUCUGCCUACAGAGUUCCUCAAAUGGCGUGACACUAGGAAUUCCAAAUACUGCCACCAUCACCAUACUGUCCAAUGACAAUGCCUUUGGAAUCAUCUCCUUCAACUCAACCACCCUCAUUACUGUGGAGGAGCCAAGAGGUAGGAGUCAGUUUGUGCCCCUAACACUCCUCAGAGAGAAAGGCACUUAUGGAACUGUGACAGUUAACUUUGAGAUUUUUGGAGGCCCAAACUCUGCUAGUGAAGAUCUCAGUCCAGGAAUGGGGAACAUCACUAUUCCUUCUGGUCAUGCUGUUGUAGUUUUCAGCAUCAUGGUACAAGAUGACAAGAUUCCAGAAGAUGAUGAGAUCUUCACUGUGCAGUUGACAGAAGCAGCUGGUGGAGCUUUGCUCAAACCAAACAGAAGCAGUGUGCAAAUCAAGAUCUCCCGUAAUGAUGCUCCAGUCAGGUUCUCCAAGCCCACUCUCAUUGUACCGGAGAAUGUUGGUGUUAUCUCUCUAACGGUAACACGUGGUAGAACCGAGGAUGGUCUUCUGAUUGGUUCUGAUGAUAGAACAGUUUCUUUAGCCUAUGCAGUCAUUACAGGCAGUGGGGAGGCCAGUGCAACACCGAUGUCCGAUUUUGUGGAUCUACAGGCGGAAAGGAUGGUUGUUUUUCUUCCAGGGGUUCAUGAAACAGAGCUCAGAUUCAACAUUAGAGAUGACAGCAUUCCAGAAAUCGCAGAGUCAUUCCAAGUGGUUCUUCUAGAAGAUACACUUUUGGGUGAUGCAGUGCUGUUGAUUCCAAGUAUGGUUCAAAUUACCAUUGAGCCUAAUGAUAAGCCUCAUGGAGUUUUGUCAAUCAGUCCUUAUCCCACACAAUCACUUAUCAUCAAUGAAGACCUGACCCAAAUAUUUAAGGGCAUCAUCAUCGUGAGGAAUGGAGGAACUCAUGGGGCUGUUUCAGUUAAAUGGAAUAUUACAAGAAACUCCAUGGAUAGGACUCUUGUCUCUGCAGACCUAAACCCCACCUCGGGUACAUUGAGGUUUGCCGAGGGUCAAACGAGUGCUGUACUUCCAUUAAACAUCACUCAGGACAACCUUCCUGAAGAGGCUGAGGCCUUUCUCUUUAGACUGAUCCCAAACUCUGUACAAGGAGGAGCUGAAGUUGAUGAACCUAUGGAGAUGGUGUUCUACAUACAAGACAGUGAUGAUUUCUAUGGUCAAUUUAGCUUUCAUCCAAAAGAGAACCAAAGUAUUCAGAGUCAACCAGAGAGCAGAUUCCUAUCACUUAGCUUCCUGAGAGAAGGGGGCACCAUGGGUGAGGUACGACUUACCCUAACUGCUCUUUACAUACCUGCUAGACAACUGGACUCCUCACGAACUAGGGCAGAUGUGCUGAAUGGUACCAGUGUCAACAGUUUGCUGUUCAGUUCGGGCCAGUCAAGGGCUCAACUAACCAUACCUAUCCGUAAUGAUGCCUUCCUUCAGAAUGGGGCUCAUUUCCUUAUUCAGUUGGAUAGUGUGGAGUUGGUAAACAUCACCCCAACAAUCCCAUCAGUAAGUCCUUGCUUUGGAGGAGCACUAAACAUCUCCCUCAUCAUCACCCCUGACAUUGCUAAUGGAGAGAUCGGUUUCAUCAGCAAUCAGACAGUUGUAGUACAGGAACCAGAAGAUACAAACUCCAAUUUGAUUACUCUUUACCUGAGACGAGAUGGGACAGAUGGUCAGGCAGUGGUCUACUGGAAUCUGCAGCCCUCUAGUGAAAACGAUGAUGUCACUGAAAGUGACAUUUCACCUUUCACUGGAUCAGUCAAGUUCUUCUCAGGACAAAGUGAAGCAGAGAUAAACAUCAUUGUAAAGGCUGAUAAUGUCCCAGAGAUUAACGAAACAGUCAUUCUUUCAUUAGACAGGAUAAAUGUGGAAAACCAAAUCCUGAAGCCAGGUUUUACCAGCCGAGAAAUUGUCAUUCUGGAAAACGAUGACCCUGGAGGAGUUUUUGGGUUUUCCCCAGUCUCUAAAGGACCCUGGUUUAUCAAUGAGGGUGAGACCGUUGAACUCAGGGUGAUCAGAGAGCAGGGCCAGCUGCUGAACCAGCUGGUAAGAUACACUGUGAUUCCCUCUGGCAAUACUCAGUUUUAUGGGGCCACAGGAAUCCUAGAGUUCCAACCAGGAGAAAGGGAAGUGAUGGUGGCCCUGGUAGCAAAACCUGAUGGUAUUCCAGAGCUAGAUGAGACAUUCUCAGUGGUUCUUAGUAGCCACAGCACACCAGCUAGUCGCCUUGGUAACCGAAGACAAGUGAACAUUACCGUGUGUAAAAGUGAUGACCCAUUUGGGGUUAUUGAAUUCAUUCAGGCUGGCCUAGACUUCACCAUCAAUGAGAGUAAAGCCAUGGAGCCUCAUUCAGCAUUUUACCCCAUUGGGAGGAGCAAGGGUAUGUUUGGGAAUGUAUCAGUCAUUUGGGUCCUAAAGCCCAUGCAUUCAGGAGACAUCAGCCCAGUGCAGGGUGAGAUCUUCUUUGCUGAAGGGGAGAACCUGAAGAACUUAACAUUAUUUUCUGUGCCAGAUGAGAUCCCGGAACAAGCUGAAAAUUUUACCAUUACCCUUCUAAAUACAACGGGUGGAGCAAGACUAGGAAAGAUUUUAAGUGCAAGCAUAAGGAUUCAGGGGAAUGAUGACCCUAUAUACUUUGCUGAGCCUGUGGUUCAGAGAGUACGUGAAGGAGGCAUGGCCAAUUUUACUGUCCUGCGAGAUGGACUGGCAAAUUUUAUCACCACAGUGAAGUAUCGGUUUGAUUAUGGUGAAGCAUCACCAGAAGACUUCAUUCCACUCAAUGUCUCUAUCUUGGUCUUUGAUCUUGGAGAGUGGAAGAAGAACAUUUCAGUUGCUGUGAUGGAUGAUGACAUACCAGAGACAGAUGAGCCAUGCUACAUAGUUCUCUUCAAUGCCACAGGAGAUGCAGUGGUGUAUGGUCGAGACACUGCUACAGUGGUGAUUGAGGCAAAUGAUGAUGCCAAUGGAAUUUUCUCUUUGGAUUCCAACCAGAAGUCAGUGGAGGAAGGAAAAACCAAUUACUUCUAUGUUCUUAGAGAAAGAGGUCACUUUGGCAAUGUCACAAUAUACUGGCAGCUGUUUGCCAAUGACACCCCCCUUAAACCUCAACAAGAAUUUCUAUACACAUCUGGCUCCAUAGUAUUUCCCACUGGAGAGAAGUCAAAACCUAUUGUUCUUGAAGCCAUCUCUGACAAGCUUCCAGAAUUCAAUGAGUUCUAUGAUCUCAGACUAAUAAGCAUCUCAGGUGGCUAUCCUGGUGAAGGUGGGAAACUGGCAUUAAAAGACCUCAAUGCAUCAGUUCUCAUUCCUUUCAAUGACGACCCAUUUGGAGUUUUUGCUAUUGACUCUAAUAGUCUGAUGCGUGAGGUUGCAGAAGAUGUCUUGUCGGUCAAUGACAUGACAGAUGUCACUUCCUUUACCAUACUUCGCCAACAAGGCACCUUUGGAGACGUGCGUUUUGCCUGGGAUAUUCUGUCAGGAGCUUUCCCAGAAGGUCUACCACCCAUGGAAGACCUCAUUUUGAAGGCCUCAUUUUCUCAGGCCGUAGAGCUCCAACCACAUGCCAGGAGGCAUCAUGCAGGCACUGAUGCAUUCUUCUUUUCUGGACUUCCAGGAGCCUAUGGGUCGAUCAGUCAAGAUACCCAUUUGCAGGUUCCUCUGAGCUUGGCUAACUUCACACUUUCAGUUUGGCUGAUGUGUAGGCCCAAUACGAAUGGAUUUAUUGUUUCAAAAGGCAAUGGAAAUGGAACUAUCUAUUAUGGACUUCAGGUUCAGACCAAUGCGUCUCAUGUUAGUGCUUUGCUUCAUUACGCAACCAUUGGGUCUAAUAUCACACAGGUGGCACGAGCUACUGCUGCUAAAUUUGUGGAGGAUAAUUCAUGGGUUCAUGUCAUCAUCGCUGUAGAGGAUGGAAUUAUUGAGUUUUAUUUGGAUGGGAGCCCAAUGCCUGGAGGCAUCAAAAGUCUAAAGGGAGAUGCCAUUAUUAACGAUGUUGCUCCCAUUUGGAUCGGUUCCAACCCAGGUGGUGAACAGCGCUUCACAGGUCUUCUACAAGACCUCCGGCUGUACAGCAGCCGGCUCAACUGCUCAGAGAUUCACGAGCUUCACAGCCAACCCGCCAAGAGCGAUCUUCACAAUGUGUCUGGAUACCUAAGCUACAGACAGGAGGAGAAAAGGAAGUCGUUUGUGGUUGAGGUACGAGAUGAUAAAGAAGAGGAGGGAGAGGAGGUCUUCUACAUGCAGCUGGUGGCCGUUCAAGGUGGAGCACGCUUGCCGAUGCCCAGACCUACUGCCGUCCUCAAAAUAAUGAAGAGCGAUAACGCUAAUGGGCUUUUUGGCUUCACUGGUGCCUGCAUACCUGAUAUAUCUGAGGAGGGCUCCACAAUCUCCUGUGUAGUGGAGCGUACACGGGGUGCCCUGGACCAUGUCUAUGUAAACUAUACCAUUACUCAGGUUGAUUCGCCCACAGACUCGCCAAUUGCCUCAGACUUUGCCAGUUCUAAAGGCACUAUCCAUUUCCUGCCAGGCCAGCGAUCUGAGGUCUUAAACUUGCUUGCUUUAAAUGAUGACCUGCCUGAGGUUGAUGAGCAAUUCCUGGUUAGACUGGUGUCAGCUGAGUCAGGUGAUGGGAAACCAGGUUCCACCCCAACCAGUGGUGCUAGCAUUGACCCAGACAGUGCCAUCAACAAUAUUACCAUCAAGGCCAGUGACCAUCCAUAUGGCCUGUUGCAGUUUCAAACUGCCCCAGUGCCUGUGGGAAUGAUCAAACCUGCACUGGCAGAGGGACACAUCACUGUUCAAGAAGAGGCUGGUUUGCUUAGUCUGCUGGUGGCCAGAGCACAAGGUCUGCUGGGAAGAGUGAUGGUGGCAUAUCGUGCAUCUCCAUUUUCAGCUGUUGGUUCUGAGGACUAUGAGGACACAGAGGGACUUCUAAACUUCCUACCUGGCGAGAGACUCAAGUACAUCAAUGUGACAAUUAUAGACAACAUGGUGCCCGAGUUAGACAAAGUCUUUAGAGUGGAACUCUAUAAUCCAACUGGAGGAGUGGAUCAGUUUCUAAUGAGUGAGGGAAGUGGAAGUGGAGAGAGUGACAGUAACUUCUUUCUUCCAUCUUUUCACUAUCAUCAUGCUAACCUAGGUGCUGCUGCUCGAAUCACAAUUACCAUCGCUGCCUCUGAUGAAGCUCAUGGGGUCUUUCAAUUCACUGCUAACUCUCUGACUGUGAAUGGGACAGAGCCUGAGGAGGGCAGAAGUACUGUAGUGCUGCAGGUAGUUCGUACCUUUGGUGCUCUGUCCAAUGUGACUGUAAACUGGGAGGCAGAUGCUUAUUCAGAAGGAGAACUUGUUUAUAGAUCUGGCAAUGUGACCUUUAAGGUGGGACAAACUGUUGGGAGCAUCUACAUCCUAAUUUCCCAAGAUGACAUCCCUGAGCUUGACAAGAGCUUCAAAAUCCGCCUCUCAAAUGUUUCUCAUGGUCGGCUUGGGAAGGUGACCACAGCCACAUUAACUGUAUUGGCCAGUGAUGACCCUUAUGGCUUUUUCGUAUUCUCUGAUGGUAGCAGACCAGUCCGUGUGAAAGAAAGCAAUGCUGUUAUCACCCUGACCAUACAGAGGAGAAAGGGGCUUCUAGGAAAAGUGCGGGUGAUGUACAGAACAUUAAGGGACACUGAUGCAGCUCCAUAUAGCACACCAGGAGUGGGUCGAGCAAGCGCAGGCAAUGACUUUGUUCCUGUUUUGGAGUCAGUGACAUUCUUUGCAAAUCAAACUGAAGCAAAUGUGACUCUGAGGGUGCUUGAUGAUGAGGAACCAGAGAGGAUGGAGUCUGUGUUUUUGGAACUCAUCAAUGUCACAUUGGUUGAAGGAGAACAAACCAGACCAGUUGCUCUUUCCCCUCAACUUGGCCCACGGAAUGCCACAGUUACCCAGGUUAUUAUAGAGGCCAAUGAUGAUGCUUUUGGUGUGCUACAACUAUCUUCUUUAGCAGUGAGCGUGCAUGAGUACUACAACGGGCCUAUUAUAAAUGUAACACGUGUUGGAGGGAUUUUUGCUGAUGUGUCUGUCAAGUUCAGAGCAGUGCCCAUGACUGCUAGAGCUGGAGAGGACUACAGUGUGGCUUCUUCAGAUGUGGUUCUGCUUGAAGGAGAGAGCAGCAAGUCUGUCCCUAUCCUCAUCAUCAAUGAUUUGGUGCCUGAGCUGGAGGAAACUUUCCAAAUUGAGCUUCUCAACCAAACCACGGGGGGCGCUCUCUUGGGAGAGCUCACACAGGCUGUCAUUACUAUUCUGCCCUCAGAUGAUCCAUAUGGAUCUUUUGGGUUUAUACCUGAUAACCCAACACCAUACUGUCAGCUGAAUGCAACAGCCCCCAUACUGAGGAUGUUUUUGGACAGGGAGUGUGACCUCCGCCCCUAUCUGCGCCUGACCAGACAAUCCAUAAUCAACCUCAUAGAGGCACUGCCUUAUGAGGUUGAUCAUGGAUGGUCAAAAGAAAUAGAGGUGGUACUGUUUCUGUACUGGCUGGCCCAUGCUGCGUCCUAUAAGGUUGUGUCCUCAGCAUUGGACAUCCCUAAAUCGACUGUGCACAGGGUUGUGCACAAGGUCAGCAGGGCUAUUCUUGGCCUGCUGAAAAUGACGGUGCGUCUCCCCCAGGGUGAAGAGUUGGAGGAGGUUGGUUCAGGGUUUGCCAGGCUUGCAGGCUCUCCUGCUUUUGGGAUGGCAGUUGGAGCUAUUGACGGUUGCCACAUCCGUAUAAAGCCCCCAGCAGUCAAUGCAGCCUGUUACUUUAACAGGAAAUUAUUCCAUUCAGUCCAGCUCCAGGCUGUAUGUGACCACAGAGGAAAGUUCCUGGACAUCUGUGUCGGCUUUCCUGGAUCUGUCCAUGAUGCAAGGACACUAAAGAACAGUGCCAUUUACAUCAGGCAGUUAUACCCACCUGAAGGCCGGUGCAUCCUUGGAGAUGGAGGGUACCCCUGCCUGACAUCACCCAUCACCAUCAUGACCCCCUACCGUGAGCCUGUUGCCUCUCCAGUUGAAGCCCGCUACAACAGGCAUCAUUCCAGGGCCAGGUGCGUGAUCGAGAGGGCCUUUGGCAUGCUGAAGUCCCGCUGGAGGUCCAUCUUUUUUAAAGCCCUUGAGGUGAGCCCAGACUUCACCCCCAUCGUUGUUACAUGUUGUGUCAUUUUACACAACAUGUGCUUAGCCACCGGUGACAUCAUGGAAGCAGAUGUGGGCGAUGAUGAUGAGGAUGUCAACAACGAUGACAACGUUGGCAUCAACAGAGAAGUUGUGUGCGGUGAUGUCAUGAGGAACCGUCUGGCAGCAGCAGUUUCCGCACCCGACGUCCACGUUCCUGCACUAAUGGAACAUGACUAUGAAAGAAGCUCACUGUCUCCUGACCCUCUCUUCCUUUUUGUUCCUCCAAUGUUCGAAGGGCCAGGAACAGAGGGAGAGGAACCAACAGCCUCAUCCUGGUCACCAGACUGUAUUAAUACUGGUGGGGUGAUGGAUGGCUUUGAGCCUAAUGCAGCAUCCAUCACCCCAUACCACUUCCACGAUGCAGCUCCACAGGCACUAGAUGAUGACAACCCAGAGGAAAAACUUAUAUAUCAGCUAAGCCUGAGUUCUCUAACCCCUGGAUCAUCAGUUAGCCCUGACAGACAGCAUGCUACCAUUACUAUGGUUGCCAGUGAUAUUCCUUAUGGACUCUUCUCACUUUCCCAACAGUCUCUACAUGCCACUGAGGAGAACAGAGCUGUUAAUGUGACCGUUUUUCGCUCAAUGGGUCUGUUUGGAAGCGUGUGGGUCAGUUAUCAUACAGAAAGUAGAACUGCGAUCAGUGGGCAGGAUUUUGAACAGUCUUCCGGUCAACUGCUUUUCAGGCCUGGGGAGGCCUCAAAGUUUAUCACGCUCACUAUACUUGAUGAUAAUCUUUCAGAGGGACCAGAGGAAUUUGUUCUCAACAUUACCCUAGUGGAACUUCUGAAUCACAGUUCAGUGGAUUUUACAGUGAAAGAACACAGUCUUCAGAUUGACCAGCCCCCUGCCAUUGGCAAUCUGUCCUCCAUUAUGGUGAUUAUCCAGAAAAAUGACAACGCUGAGGGCAUGGUGGAGUUUGACCCGGAUUUUAUUAACAUCACUGUUGAAGAAGAUAUAGGUGUUCUGUUCAUACCUGUAUUGAGGAGUAUUGGAUCCUAUGGGCAGGUCUCAGCGCAGUUCAUUUCCAGAGGUUUGACAGCGCUCUCAGACGUAGAUUACAUCCUGCCCAAUGGAUCCAUUACCUUUCAGCAUGGCCAGAUCCAGAGUUACAUCAACAUUUCCAUAGUAGAUGAUUUGGAGAGUGAAUUCAAUGAGAUUUUUAAGAUGCAACUCACUGGUGCCACAGGAGGUGCCAUACUUGGAGCUCACUUAAUCGCACAGGUUACAAUUGCCAAGAGUGACUCACCAAAUGGUGUUGUACGAUUCAUCAACCAAAGUGCCAUUAUCAUCCCAAACCCCAACAGUACCCUUAAGCUGAACCUGCUUGUAGAGAGAACAGAGGGAUUGCUUGGGGACGCCAAGGUAACCUGGCACAUUUUAGGUCCAAACUCAAAUGAGGUUUUGCCAUCGGUAAACACAGACAUAAGUGAACCAGUUAAUGGUUCAUUCAGUUUCAGAGAUGGGGAAGGGGGCAUCCGCAACAUUGAGCUGAAGAUUCUGCCUCAUGGUGAGGUAGAGGUGACUGAGAAAUUUAUUAUUGUGCUAAGUAUCCUCUCAGGAGAGAUGGUUGUUGAUCCCGAAGCUAGAUCUGUCACACUCAUGAUUGAGAAGUUUGGUGACCCAAAUGGCAUAGUCCAGUUUACAGAGCAGGACUUGAAAGAGCGUAUUUACAGUGAGCCAUCUGACAGCGACGGGCCACUUACAAUCUCAUUCCUUAUUACCCGCAGAGAGGGUGUCAUGGGUAACAUCACGGUUUUCUGGAAGAUUAUUAGUGAUGCAGACACAAAAGGAGAUUUUUCAGCCCUGCAGGGUUUUGCCACCAUUAGGGCAGGGCAGCGCGUGGCAGAGAUCAUCCUUACCCUGCUGCCAGACUCAGUGCCAGAGCUGGAGGAAACCUACACUCUCCGUAUAAUCUCUGUGGAGGGUGGCGCAGAACUGGAUGCAAUUCGAAGCAGUACCCUUUUAAAGGUCCAGGCCAAUGACGAACCCCAUGGGGUGUUUGCCCUCUAUCCUCAAAACCAGUCAGUGAGGGUUAACGCAGUGGACCGAAGCAGGCACCUCAUUAUCAGCAUCAAGAGGCUGGCUGGGGCAUUUGGCAAUGUCAGUGUGAGUUACACAAUCCGUUUCACCCCCCCUGAGCAGAGUUUUAUAGAGGGCACAAUAACUGGAAACAUACUGAUGAAGGAUGGAGAACGUGAGGUUAGCAUUGAAGUGCCAUUGACUAGCCAGGUGUUCUUUCCGAAGGGCUUUAACUUCAGUGUGGAGCUGAGGAAUGUGACACUAAUUGGUUCUCUGCUCAGCUCCCCACCAAGAAUUCAAAUGGAGUCGAAUCAGGCCGUUGUCACUGUUCCUGAAAUGGCAGCUAAUGCUGAGGUUGGAUUUGCCUCUUUAGCCCUAUGGGUCACAGAUAUAGAGAGUGGCCAGUGUGAGGCGCUGUUGCAACGGACUGGUUUGUAUGGGAAUGUAACUGUCCGAUGGACUGCUGGAUUCCCUCCUGGCCAAACUCCAGCAGGCUACCACCCAGGAGACAUCUCACCAAGAUCAGGCAUGGUAAUACUUGCCCAUGGUCAGCAGAGUGAGGUGAUAUCUCUCAAUGCCGUUUAUAACACAUCAGAUGUUGCAGCACAUGCCAUUUACCUGACCUCAGUGGAGUCAGAUUCACCUGGAGGUGCCAGACUCAGAACUGGUCACACAGUAGCUGAGGUGGAGCCAUUAGGAUUGUAUCAGUUUCACCCUGCAACUCGGAAGUUGGUUAUAGAGGAGGACGCGCAAACCAUCACCCUCUAUGUCCAACGCCUCUACGGCUUUCGUAGCAACCGCUCCAGCAUCUCCUAUGAGACAUGGCCUGGUACUGCCCAACCUGGAAAAGACUUUGCACCAAUAACUGAUGGCCAGCUCCUGUUUGAUUCCCGACAAAUAUCUGCUGCCAUUCACCUUUCCAUUCUAGAUGAUUCCUUAACAGAACCAGACGAGACUUUUUACAUAAAUUUAACCAGUGUGCAUGCUCUUAGUGCCAGUUUGCCUUCAGUUGAAGCUCAGCCCCGCAUUGUAGUGCAACAUAGUGUAGUUACCAUUACCAUCCUUGCUAACGAUGUGGUUGGUGGAUUCUUGAGUAUUGGACCUGCACUACUAUACAUUUCUGAAGAUAGCCAGGAGUGGACGCCUCAACAGAAGUUAGCCCUGACGGUCCGGAGGACUGUCGAGCUCACAGGAGUGGUGAGUGUCAAAAUCAGAGCUUACACAGGGGGUCUGAAAAGCCUAGAGGCGGAUGUUACCCAGUUUCAUCAGGAACAUAAUGGAAUGUGGGCCCUGGAAGGAGAGGAUUUUGCCUUGGAAACCCAGACCGUCACAUUGUUGGAAGGGCAGAACGAGUUGGAGGUCAGUGUUGUUAUUUUGGAUGAUCAAGAACCAGAAGGACAAGAGGCAUUCUUUGUCUACAUCAGCGAGGCUGACGGGGGAGCAGAGAUUGUCAGCAUACCAGAUGAACUGGGGUUCACUUCCUUUUCCAAAAUCAUUAUUCUGGGGAGUGAUCUUCAGAAUGGUAUUGUUGGCUUCAGUUUGAGUUCUCAGUCAGGUCAAAUACUUGAUGAGGACUCUGAGAACAGGACGGCCAUGCUCUUUCUUCAAAGACAGGAAGACAGAGCGUUUGAAGAUGUAUUGGUAUUUUGGCGGGUCACAUUUAACACUACAGUUGACUCAGUGGUUGAACAUGGAGUGAACCUGACCAGAGAGCUGCAGCAGACCAAAGGCACAGCACUCUGUAUGAAAGGAAAAUUACUUUGUCCCCUCAGAUUGGAGGUUCGGCCUGACAAGGAUCCAGAGUACCAAGUCUGGUUUCUGGUGGAGGUCUAUAAAGUGGGUGAUGGUGCCGCCAUAAACCAGACUGCCCGCUUUGCCAAUGUCACCAUACUGGAAAGUGAUGACCCACGGGGACUGGUGUUCUUCGCCCAAGGAUCCAGACUUCCUGUGGUUACCCUUAGAGAAACAAGGAUAAGUCUUCAUGUCUACAGGGAUGGUAGUACAGUGUCUGCUAUUUCUGUCAAGUACAGCAUGCAGGAGCUUCAGAAUGCAGAGUCCAUUGGCCCCACUUUAAUCUGGCCUGCAGUAGCAGGUCAGGACUUCAUUAGGGCAGAGGGUACCCUGACAUUUGACAUCGGACAGAGAAGUGCCAAACUAGAUGUGGCCCUCACAUCUGCCCUUGGUUCCUCCAACCCAACGCCUAAACGUUUCCGUGUGGUUCUUUCUGAUGCAACUGGUGGGGCUCGGGUUCACCCAGAUUUCGGGUGGUCUAAUGUGACACUGGUUUCAGACUCUGAGACUCAGGCGGUUUGGGCCCUGCUGGAUCAGUUACAUCAGCCUCUGGAUGAGACCAUCAUUAACAGAGUCCUGCAGGGGCUAAUCAAUAAAGUUAUUAAGGACAUCACUCAAGAGCAGCUAACAGCAGUGCUAGAUGCACUAAGCAAGAUUUUGAAGGAUGCUGAACAAACUUCACUAAAAGACAGCAGCCGAGGCUUGACCUAUGAUCUCAUGUGUGCCAUGGCAAACCCCAACCGAAUAGAUACACGAGGUCUGAGCCAGAUGGCUGAAAUGGCAGAGCGUUUUGCCUUCACAUUGGUCACAGACACUGAGUGUGGGGCUGGUGAAAAGAGAGGCAGAACCAUACUGGACACUUGUCCCUAUUUCACCAUAGCUGCUUAUCACUGGUACCCCACUCAGGUCAAUGGACACACAUUUACAGGAAGAAACUCAGACACAUUCACUCUGCCUGGGACCCUACUGGAGGUACCGCCCCUACCCGCAGAGAGCAUGCACCUGUCCGCUUGCCGCAAACUGCACUUUACUGAAUACAGUACUGAACACUGGUUCCUCACCAACACCAAAGCCAGCGCACUAAAUGACAAGGUUUUUUCUGUCAGUAUUCAGAGUAGAGGUUCUAAACCUCUUGCUGUGGGUCAAGAAGUUGUUUACCGUAUACACGCAUCAAAAAGACGUGGAAAACCUCACCAGUCUCGGUGUCUGCUAUGGAAUCAGGCUGCUGAGAGCUGGUUGUCUGAUGGUCAGUUCUGUCAUUUGGUAGACGACAGUCAGAAUUUUGUGGAGUGUGCCUGCUCACAUCUGUCUGUCUACACAGCAUACGCAGAGACAGCAAGUAUUGUCUCAUUUAAUGAGGCAUUCUAUGCUGCAGGCUUCAUUUGUAUCUCAGGGUUUGCCAUGGCCAUUGUGUCACAUGUACUGUGCUCUAGAUUCCUCAUGUUUUCUGCUAAACUCCUUACACACAUGAUGGUGGCCUGCUUAGGAACUCAGAUUUGUUUCCUGGUGUCUGCUUUCCGAGGGCAGAUGUUCUCAGAGGACAGCUGUGCUACUCUUGGUCUUUUCCUUCAUUACUUCCACCUAAGCCAGUUCAGCUGGAUGCUCAUACAGGCCAUUCAUUUUUGGCAGAUAUUGGUGAUGAAUGACGAGCAUACAGAAAGAUGCUAUCUUCUCUACUUUCUGCUCAGCUGGGGUCUUCCUGCUCUGGUCAUUACCAUCCUGGUCAUAGUCCUUCUAGGAGGUUAUGAAUGGAGUAUUCACAGUGUUUAUGGCCUGGUGCAAGGAGAUCUGUGCUUUAUUCCAAAUGUAUAUGCUGCUCUUUGUACGGCCGCCCUGGUUCCACUCAUUUGUUUGGUGGGGGUCCUGGUGAUCUUCAUCCAUGCAUAUCAGGUCACUCAGCAGUGGAAGGCUUAUGAUGAUAUCUACCGAGGUCGCACUAACUGCUCAGAGGUUCCCAUGAUGCUUUACCUAUUUGCUAUGGUAACUCUUGUUAGCUUGUGGGCUGGACUACACAUGGCCUAUAGAUACCCGUGGAUGCUGAUAAUCCUUGUUAUCUUCAACAUCUUUUUGGGUCUGUACGUGUUUUCCGUGUACUUCAUCAUGCAUAAUCAGUUUUUCUGGCCGGCCAAGGCAACAUACACCGUUGGGAUGAAUGGUCACGGCAGUCCAGUUUCCAUGUACCAGGGUGGAGGUUCUGCUGCUGUUGGGGGAGGAGAAAUCAGCAAGUCUACCCAGAGCCUCAUAAGUGCCAUGGAAGAGGUCUCUGCAGACUGGGAGAGAGCAUCUUUAAGACCCAGCAGUGUUUUUAAGCACUCGACUCAGGAUGAGACCAACAUCACAGAAGGGGGCUUCAUUAACAGUAAUUUAGUACAAGACGAAGAAUCACAAGACUUUGAUGACCUAAUAUUUGCCUUAAAAACUAGUUCUGGUCUCAAUGUGAGUGACAGUGAGUCAGCCCAUGGCAGUCAAGAUGGAGGGAGUAUGGCUAACUCUCAGAUCGUAGAACUGCGUCGAAUUCCUAUUGCAGACACACAUCUCUAACCUCACAGUUUUUUGUACUGAAAAUUGUAAAAUAAAAUAGUUGUUUUUACUGUUUCUGCCUUUGCACUCAAUCUUAAUUUUUACAUAUUUGUCUUUUUAUAUAUGGGAAAUGUUUUUUUUAUGUAUACAUAUGUGAAUACUAAUUUAAUUUGUAAAGGUUUUAACACUGUUUUAAAUGAAAAUAUUGUGCAGCCAGCAGGCUCUAUAAUUCUGCUGCUCAAUUUGUGUAACACUAAUAAUACAUUUUUUGAAACACUGUUUUAUCUAGUUGAUCUUUAUUGCACAACUAUAUAAUAAACAAUGUAAAUAAUAACACAAUAGCCACCUGUCCAGGGUGUUUUCCUAUCUUGGCCUAAGAAAGCAGAGAUAGGCUCCAGCCCUGCUUUGACACCAGUAGGGAUGAGGUGCAUAGAUAAUGGAUGGUUAAAAAAAGUGUAGUAGAACUUAAUCAGGUUGACACUAAAACAUGUUUUGUGUGUGUUCGCACAUACCCUUUCCACUACACUGUUAACCCAAAUAUUGUCUUUACUUAACCCCUUAACUGGCACAAAUCUCUUUUGAGUGUGGGGGUGAAAAUGUGAUGUACACCUUCAAAUGAAUCCUCAUAAACUCAGAUUUUCCUGUAUAUGUUAUUGUUCCUUGGGGGUAAAAAUGACCCCAGAAAUUAAAAGAGUGAAUACAAAAAUAAAUACUUUUUUGUUUGUUUAAUAUAGACAUUAAUGCUGUGUUUUAGGAAAUAUGAUGUACUUUUGUACCUGUUUACCACUCAAUUUCUCAACUAUGCCAUUAGCUUGCCUGUAAAAUCUAGAUUUUUUAUGAAAAAUUCACAUAAAUUAUGAUCUAAAUUUGAUUUAAAUUGUUUUUAGAAAACGAUCUAGAUGUUAUGUGUUGAAUUCGGCCAUUUGGUGUUUAGAAAAAUAAAUAAAUAAAAGAAUUACAGUUUAGGACAUAAAUCAUUUUGACCAGCAGAUGCCCAUAGAGACCUAUUCAUUUUACUGGAUGUGGCCAACUGCUCAAAUUACUAGUUUAGUGAUACUUUUGUGAAUUUAUGUUUAUAUAAACAUUAGAAAUGACAUUAAAAAUAAAUAUUAUUUCAAAUAGUAGAAUUUUUGUAGUUUUUGAUG